GUUGCUAAGGCACGUGCUCCAAGGGGCUGCCAUAAUCCAUCAGCUCCUGCUCAGGGCAUACUGCAUGUGCCCCAGCAGCCUGAGUCACUGUAUCCUGAAAACCCCGUCAAUGACCCAUCUGUGCCUGUGGGUCCCAUGGCUCCUCUUCAAGUGGCAACUGCUGUGGCUGCUGGUCCAGGCGACUCAGCCUCUGGAGUGGACCCAGGACCUGGUCCAGAUGACCUCCAGCCUCCCUUGGCUCUCUGAGCCCUGGUCUUCCCACUCCUCGAACUUCCCACCUGAAUCACCUGACCCGCUCAGACCCCCGGGACCCCGCAGCUUUGAUGACCUGCGGUCUUCUGCUCUCUCCCAGAUGCUGGCCUCGCCUCAAGAGUCCACUGUGAGUUUGCUUCCUUUUCUGGAACUGCCCCCAGAGCCAGAACAGCUUGCUGUUCCGUACCAGUAUUUCAAUAGGCUGACUCGACAACAGAGGCUACCAGAGGUGAUUCCCGUGCUAGACGGGGAUCAGGAUCAGCCCCUGGCUCUGCCUCCUCGACUGGAAGGAAAUGCUCACCAGUCAUUGGAAGCACUCGUUCUGCCUCUAGACAGUCAGAGUUCACAAGGAAACAAGUUGAUUGUUUCACCCCUGACUCCCAAGAAAGAUCUAGCUCGGCGUCGAUGGCUUCCUAAGGUUGGUGUUGGAACUCCAGACAAAGCAGACAAGCUUCAGGGUCAAAAUCAAGUUUUGCUGGCUGACUAUGGGGUCUAUCCUGGUGGUUUUCAUACAGAAUCCCAGGAGAACCCAGGGGAAACUGCACAGCCCUCUGAGCAGGCUGAACCAUCUCAAUUCCUGCUGGAGGGCCAGACUCAAAAUCCAGAGACUCAGGAGCCCAUCCAAUCCUCCUCCCCACAGCAAGAAGAACAAGCUCCACCUCCACAGCCCAUUGAACCAGAUGAACCUUCUUCACCCCAGCAAGAGGGCCCAGGUGCAGACCUACAGCAGCCCGAGGAAGAAGCAUCUCCAUUGCAGCAGGAGGCCCCCGCUCAGAAUCCAUUUGCUACUGCAGAAGUAGUAGGUCAGGCAUCAGUGUAUCAUGAUCCUAACACUCUAUCCUCACCUCAGAUUGUAGCUCUCCAAGCAAACUUCCCCAGCGUCACACUGAAACCUGCAGACACGGAGCUGACAGAAGCCUCAGGGGCAGGUGAGGAAGUUCAAUCUACUCCAAGCACGGAGCAGGCUCCAGCUCAGCCUCUGGGGCAUCCUGAGGGAGUGGGACUCCCCUCAGCCCAACAAGAGGCCCCAUUGCAGACUCUGGAAUUCCCUGGGAGGGUGGAAUCUUGGACUCAAGAGGGUCUAGCUCAGACUUCAGAUCUCCCUGAGGAGACUGGACCUUUCUCUACCCAAAACGAUGCCACAGCUCAGCCCUCAGAGUAUGCUGAGGAAGUCAGCCCAUCUGUAGGCCAGCAGGGGGCCCCAGCUCAGCCUCCAGGCCUGCCUGUGAACACUGAAUAUUCCCCAGCAAUCAGGAGCAGCCUGCUCAGCCUUCUGAGUCUCCUGAGAUCGAACCUUCUAGAAGCCAACUGGAAGACCCGGAGAAGCCUUUGGCACUCCCUGUGGAAGUCAAAUCUCCAGUACAGCAAGAUCCCCAAGCUCAAGUGCACAACACAGAUUCAGAAGGGGACAGACUGGUCUCUAGAUCAGAAUCAAGUUCACCGUUAUAACCUGCCCAACGUGACCAUCAAGCCUGCAGAUGUGGCGCUGACCAUAACUCCGGAGCCUACCAUGGAGCGGGACGCUGCUCCAGCACAGCAGGAGGGCUCUGCUCAGACUCCAGGCCCUCCUGUGGAGACAGAACCCUAUAUUAGUGAACAGGAGCAGCCCACUCAGUAUGUUGAGUCUUCUGUAGAGAACAAACCCUCUCCAGCCCAGCAGGAGACCCCAUAUCAAACUCUGGGCCCUUCCCUGGAGACAGAAGCUUCUCCAGCCCAGCAGGAACCCCCAGAGCAGACUCCGGUCCCUUCUGCAGAGACGGAACCUUCCCCAUUCCAGCAGGCACCCAGAGCUCACACUGCACGCCCUUCCGUGGAGGCAGAACCUUCUCCCCGUGAACAGGAGCAGAUAGCUCAGUAUGCGGAGGCUCUGGUGGAGACUCAGCCUCCUCCAGGCCCUCCCGUGGAGACAGAGACUUCUCUCAGAGAACAGCAGCAGAUUGCUCAGUACGCGGAGGCCCUGGUGGAGACUCAAGCUCCUCCAGGCCAGCUGGAAGCCCUAGCUCUGACUCCAGUCCCUCCUAUGGAGACAGAACCUUAUAUCAGUGAGCAGGAGCAACCAAGGCAGCCCUCUGAGUCUUCUGAGGAGGUUGAAUCUUCUGGAAAGAAGACAGAAGUCCCAGCCCAGCCUCCAAGUCCUCACGCAGUGACCAUUUUAUCUCCCGGUCACUAUCAAGUUCAGCAGUACGACUUGCACAAUGUGACUACUAAACCUCCAGACCUGCAGCUGACCGUAACACCAAAACCUGCAGCAGAAGUGGAAACAUUUCCAGUCAGCCAUCAGGCCACGACAACUCAGGCCUCAGUCCCAGCUAUGCCUCCAAAGCCUCUUGAAGAGGUUGAACCAUUGCCAAUUCAAUCCCCAGAAGUAAUGCAGGAUGAGAAACCCUCCAUGACCCAACAGGAGGAAACAGCUGAAAAUCUCACCUCCAAAACAGGCAUCCUGAUGAAGCUCCUCAGUGAGCAGCAGGAAGAAAAGAUAGCCAAGGAAGAAUGGGACACAGAGCAGUGGAGGACUGAGACCUAUAUCAAUGAGAGUACAGAAGCCCCGAGUGGACAGAAAGAGCAGGAGUCAAGUAAGAGCAACAAUUGGCCACCAGGCACCUACCCAGAUGUCCUGGCCGCACACCUCAAGAACGCCUUUGCUGGCACCUUGGCUCACCUGUUUGACCCACCCAAGGAACCCCUUUACAGUGUUGCUCACCUUCCAGACCGGUUUCCUACCAAUUAUAUUAUUCCCUUCGUCUCAAGAGUUGAAGAAGCAUCUAUAGGGAACCCAAAGGGGGCAUUCAUGAAGAUAUUGCAAGCCUGGAAGAACAAUACCAGCAAGCAGCUGACUAUUGAGCCAGAGAACUCAGUAUCAAGGAGAAACAGUGUGGACUUCCCAGGCCGCAUGAGUGAACAGCGGGACCUCAACGAUGAAAAAAACACCACUGUGCAUGAAGAAACGCUCCCUGGCGACAAAAUGCACAUAGAUCCUUCAGCUACAGAUUCUGCUGGGACCGAGUUCAACGUAAUGCCAACUGUGGACCAAACCAAGGAAACACAGUGGGAAUACCCCAGCGAGGGCACUGAAGCCCCCACCAUGCCCGCAGGCUUCACCUACCCCGUGAUGCUGUCCCAGGGAGAACAGUUUGAAAUUCAGCUGAAUCAGCAGCUACGGUCCCUCAUCCCCAACACGGACAUGAAAAAGCUCAUUUCUCACGUCAUCCGCACUCUGAAAAUGGACUGCUCUGAGGCCCAGGCACAACUGCCCUGUGCCAAGCUCAUCUCCAAAACAGGCAUCCUGAUGAAGCUCCUCAGUGAGCAGCAGGAAGAAAAGAUAGCCAAGAAAGAAUGGGACACAGAGCAGUGGAGGACUGAGACCUAUAUCAAUGAGAGUACAGAAGCCCCGAGUGGACAGAAAGAGCAGGAGUCGAGUAAGAGCAACAAUUGGCCACCAGGCACCUACCCAGAUGUCCUGGCCGCACACCUCAAGAACGCCUUUGCUGGCACCUUGGCUCACCUGUUUGACCCACCCAAGGAACCCCUUUACAGUGUUGCUCACCUUCCAGACCAGUUUCCUACCAAUUAUAUUAUUCCCUUCGUCUCAAGAGUUGAAGAAGCAUCUAUAGGGAACCCAAAGGGGGCAUUCAUGAAGAUAUUGCAAGCCUGGAAGAACAACACCAGCAAGCAGCUGACUAUUGAGCCAGAGAACUCAGUAUCAAAGAGAAACAGCGUGGACUUCCCAGGCCGCAUGAGUGAACAGCGGGACCUCAACGAUGAAAAAAUCAGAAACUGCCCCGUCACAGGAGAACAGCCUGGCAACCAUGCCAAGUGUGGGAAGACACGGGAGGAAAACCAUUCCGGAGGGCGUGUUUUCGAAGAAAAUAUUUUGACAGAAAACACCACUGUGCAUGAAGAAACGCUCCCUGGCGACAAAAUGCACAUAGAUCCUUCAGCUACAGAUUCUGCUGGGACCGAGUUCAACGUAAUGCCAACUGUGGACCAAACCAAGGAAACACAGUGGGAAUACCCCAGCGAGGGCACUGAAGCCCUCACCAUGCCCGCAGGCUUCACCUACCCCGUGAUGCUGUCCCAGGGAGAACAGUUUGAAAUUCAGCUGAAUCAGCAGCUACGGUCCCUCAUCCCCAACACGGACAUGAAAAAGCUCAUUUCUCACGUCAUCCGCACUCUGAAAAUGGACUGCUCUGAGGCCCAGGCGCAACUGCCCUGUGCCAAGCUCAUCUCCAAAACAGGCAUCCUGAUGAAGCUCCUCAGUGAGCAGCAGGAAGAAAAGAUAGCCAAGAAAGAAUGGGACACAGAGCAGUGGAGGACUGAGACCUAUAUCAAUGAGAGUACAGAAGCCCCGAGUGGACAGAAAGAGCAGGAGUCGAGUAAGGUGCUGGCACACCACACCCACUUCCAUGCCUACUCCUUCUCUGGGCACCUCUCCCUCCUUCCUCUAGUCUCAUAUUCAAGAGCAACAAUUGGCCACCAGGCACCUACCCAGAUGUCCUGGCCGCACACCUCAAGAACGCCUUUGCUGGCACCUUGGCUCACCUGUUUGACCCACCCAAGGAACCCCUUUACAGUUGAAGAAGCAUCUAUAGGGAACCCAAAGGGGGCAUUCAUGAAGAUAUUGCAAGCCUGGAAGAACAAUACCAGCAAGCAGCUGACUAUUGAGCCAGAGAACCCAUUAUGUACAGAUCCCCGUGGAGGCUGGACCUUCUCCAAUCCAUCAGGAAGCCCAAGCUCACGCCUCAGUGUUCCCUAUGAAGCAUGAGCCUUUGAAAGACCAGGAGGCAGACACAGCUCAGCAGCCAAAGCCCCCGGAAGAGGAUGAGCACUCCCCAGUUCCAGGGGUCCCAGCUCAGCCUGAAGAACUGAAGGAACCUUCACCAAGCCAGCAGGG